CGGGUGGAGGCGACGAUGAGUUCGAGUUACCGCAGGGACUGGCGCGGCGGCGGCGGCGGCGGCGGAGGUGGUGGAGGAGGAGGAGGCUCCUCGUCAGCGGCCGCCGGCGGCUGGGACAGCUCGGGUCCCGGGGCCGGGCCUGGCGGGGGUCGGGGCCGGCACCCUGGACACCUGAAGGGCAAGGACAUCGGCCUGUGGUACGCCAAGCGGCAGGGCAACAGGAGCAAGGAGCUGGAGCGCAAUGAGAGGGCAGUUGUGCAGAUGGAUGAAGCUCGAGAGGAACAUAUCACCCGAUUACUCAACUCUGUCCAGACACGGAGCGACUACAAAGAACAACGCCCCUCCGUGUCAGCCGACUCAAGCAGAAACUGGAGAAGUUCAAGUUCUUCCACUUCCACUUCCACUCCCAUGUCCAUCAACAAAGAAGUUAAACCGGAGACUAACGCUGACCUGGAAUACCUCUUUGAAGCCAUUGCUCAGGAUGUCUUCUUGGAUGAGGAGCUGAAGGAAGACCUUGUGAAGAAGUCAACCAGUUCAAGAUACCUGGAGAUGAAGAAAUUUCGGGAAAAACUCCCCUCCUACUCCAUGAAGCGUGAACUGGUCGACCUGAUCAAAGCGAACCAGGUGGUUGUCAUCAGUGGAGAAACGGGUUGUGGGAAAACCACGCAGGUGACCCAGUUCAUUCUGGACGACUACAUCGAGAGAGGAGUGGGCUCUCUGUGCAGGGUUAUAUGCACCCAGCCUCGUCGGAUCAGCGCCAUCUCUAUCGCUGAGAGAGUGGCGUCAGAAAGAGCAGAGGCCUGUGGCGAUGGAAACAGUACUGGCUACCAGAUCCGGUUACAGAGUCGCAUCCCACGCAAACAAGGCUCCAUUUUGUAUUGCACCACUGGAAUUAUUCUCCAGUGGCUCCAAUCGGACACUCUUUUGUCUACCAUCAGUCACCUUGUUCUGGAUGAAGUUCACGAGAGGAGCUUACAGUCGGACAUACUGAUGACCAUUGUGAAGGACAUUCUGACUUUCAGAUCGGAUUUAAAAGUGAUACUAAUGAGCGCAACUCUAAAUGCUGAACAAUUUUCAGAGUACUUCGGCAGCUGUCCCAUGCAGCACAUCCCAGGAUUUACCUUCCCAGUGAAAGAAUACAUUUUGGAGGAUGUAAUUGAAUUGCUUCACUACAGUCCGCAAAACCAAGAAAUUCGAAGACCGUCCUCCAAGAGAAGGUUCAUGCAAGGCUGCAUGAUUCGACCGGAGAAAGAACGGGUGGAAGAGGAAUAUCAGGAGCAGUGGCCUGCAUACGUGAGAGAGUUGCAAGGAAGGUAUUCUGACAGUACAAUCGAGACCUUGGAAAUUCUGCAUGAUGAUGAUAAAAUAGAUCUUAAUCUGAUUGUAGCUCUUAUAAGGCACAUUGUUCUCUCUGAUGAGGUAAGGUGAUGGGCCAUUUUGGUGUUCCUUCCUGGCUGGGACAAUAUCAGCACCUUGAACGACCUUCUAACUGCACAAACCAUGUUUAAAUCAGAUCGUUUUGUGAUCAUUCCUCUACACUCUCUCAUGCCUUCGGUGAAUCAGACCGAGGUUUUCAAGAGGCCACCUCCAGGAGUUCGUAAAAUUGUAAUUGCCACUAACAUUGCAGAGACAAGUAUCACCAUAGAUGAUGUGGUCCACGUGAUAGAUGGAGGAAAGAUAAAAGAGACUCACUUCGACACCCAAAACAACAUCAGCACAAUGGCAGCAGAGUGGGUCAGCAAAGCUAAUGCCAAGCAAAGGAAGGGUCGAGCUGGAAGGGUACAACCGGGCGCCUGUUACCACUUGUACAAUGGAUUGCGAGAGAGCCUUCUAGAUGACUAUCAGUUACCUGAAAUCAUGAGGACACCACUUGAAGAGCUUUGCCUGCAAAUCAAGAUUUUGCACCUUGGUCAAAUUGCCGAAUUCCUGGGAAAGGCAAUGCAGCCUCCAUCAAAGGAAGCCAUUAAUCUGUCCGUGACCCACCUUAAAGAGUUGAACGCCUUGGACAGGAAUGAAGAGCUGACAGCACUCGGUGUCCAUUUAGCCCGUCUGCCAGUUGAACCCCACAUUGGGAAAAUGAUCCUGUUUGGGGCGUUGUUGUGCUGCUUGGAUCCCGUCCUCACCAUCGCCGCCAGUCUCAGCUUCAAGGAUCCAUUUGUAAUCCCAUUGGGUAAAGAGAAAGUGGCAGAUGCAAAACGUCGAGAGUUGUCCAAGCAAACCCGCAGCGACCAUCUUACUGUCGUUAACGCGUUUAAGGGCUGGGAAGAAGCUAAAAGACGGGGAUUCAGAUCGGAGCGGGAUUACUGCUGGGAGAAUUUCCUUUCACCAAACAAUCUUCAGAUGCUUCACAACAUGAAAGGGCAGUUUGCUGAACACCUGCUGGUAGCUGGCUUUGUAAGCAGCAGGAAUCCCAAAGAACCCAAGGCCAACAUAAACUCAGACAACGAGAAGCUGAUUAAAGCUGUGGUCUGUGCGGGCUUGUAUCCCAAGGUGGCAAAAAUCCGGCCGAGUUUCAGCAAGAAGCGGAAAAUGGCAAAGGUCUUCACCAAGUCUGAUGGCCGAGUGAACAUUCAUCCAAAGUCGGUGAAUGCGGAGGAAGGGGAUUUCCAGCACAGCUGGCUCAUCUACCACCUGAAGAUGCGUACAAGCAGUAUCUACCUGUAUGAUUGCACUGAGGUGUCCCCGUACUCUCUCCUCUUCUUUGGAGGUGAUAUCUCGAUAAAGAAAGAGCAGGACCAAGAAACCAUUGCUGUCGAUGAGUGGAUUGUAUUCCAGUCACCAUCCCGAAUAGCCCAUUUAGUAAAGGACUUGAAAAAGGAACUUGAUGCCCUUUUACAAGAGAAGAUAAAGAAGCCCCGUCCUGUGGAUUGGAACAACCGCUCGAAAGACUGUGCUGUCCUGUCAGCGAUCAUAGACUUGAUAACCACGCAAGAUAGCGCAAGCGCAAAGAACUACACGCCUCGAUUCCAGAGCUACUGAAGCUGUGAUCCCUGCGAAUGGAUGCUGGAGAGGCUGAUCCUGAAACAGUGUUUCAUAUCUCGCAAGUGCUGAGAUGUUUUGUGUCAUUAACCCCUUUUUGUUGGCUAUCUUGAAAAGAUGUUUGGAAAAAUAUCCCCUGGAGACUGCGACGGCCAGAAUGCAUAGAAUAAAAUGCCUGGUGUGUUAAGAAGUGUAAUUGCCUUCGAGUAGAGGUUAGGGCAUUUUGAGAUUCGGGAGGUUAGGUGAGAAGGUAGAGCGGUAGAUCUCUUCACUAAUUGUGUCUGAAUAUGUAGAGAAGGUGCAGAGCUUUUCCAUUCCAAUCAGAGUCUGAAAGCAUUCCCCAUCCCACCGGUUAGUCUUCACCUUUAGAAUAAAACUAGUGGCUCUAACAACAUCGAAACCAAGGCAAGGCUUAGUAGUGUGUGGGCUCAUGUAGGGGCCCUGACCAAAAAUCAUAAACCCAGGACAUUAACCCAUUUGUACAGAUGUCGGCAGGUUAGUUAAUGUUGGACCAUCUGUAUCUCCAUUGUUCUUUCAUUUCCACAUACAUUUUUGUGAGAUUAGAUAAUACAGAAAUGGUUCAGCAGACUUGAUUCCUCUGGUUUAUUUAUCACAGCAAGUUAUUGCAUGAAAAACAUGGCGGCCGGUACUUUUUUCCUCCCCACCCUUAAUAGACACUGUAAUGCAUUGGGCAUGAUGCUUCCAGUGCAAUAUCUCACAUGCAAGGAUUGCCUCCAUUGUCUCCAGCAACCACCCGUGUACUAUUGGGGAAAGUCCUCUGUGGGAUCUCUCUCUUCUAUAAUAUCUGUACUCCACCAAUGGCAGACACUGCGGUGAUGGGGUAUUUUUUAACCUAUUUAGCUGGUUAACCUGAAGGGAGUGGAUGGAUGGUUUUACACUCCAUCAUGUUUGACUUUAGUAUGAUUGGUGUGCGGCAAGGGUUAAUUUAAGCCAACAUUUGUUCGGUCUCAUCAGCUGCCUGGUGAACAAAGGUUAAAGUUGCCACCUAAAUCUGGGGGGAGUUGAUGGACAUGUGGUGCAAGUAAAUAAUGAAAUAUGGGAUCGGUGUAGGGUAUCAUUUAAUUACAUAUUUGAUGGUCAUCGAAGGCCCAAACGACCUUCCUCCAUGCUUUAUCACAUUAACCUACCUAGUACGAAUGGGCUCCAUUUCAAAUUGGUGACCCUCAAUUGUUGGAAUUAGACGUAGCCUAUUUAACCCCUCAAAUUUGUUUUACCAUUCACCAUAUAAUGGCUGAUCUGUGAUCCACAUCUACCCACCCUUGUCCCUUAUCCCUCAUACAUUUGGUUGUUCAUAAUCCACUGAAUACCAAUUGUAGGAUCAGUGCAAGUCUGUAGAGAAGGGUUCCAAACACUGCAUAUUUCCCUCUUGAAAGACCAGCUCUGAUUCUGAGACUGCCUUUGUCCCACAUUCCCUUCUGAUGUAAAACACAGUGCUGGAGGCAUUCAGUGGGUCAGGCAGCAUCUGUAGAGGGAAUGGAAAGACGCUGUUUCAGGUCAGGAUCCAUCUUCAAAUCGGUCCACUGAGUUCCUCCAACAGUGUUUUUGUUUAAAAUUCUUGCAUCUGCAGCUCCUUGUAUUCCCCCCCCCCCUCCCCCCCCCUCACCGAUGACAGUUUACAUCUCUUGUCCCUGACUGUUUCCUUGAUAUCGUAAAAUAUGAUUAAAUUGUAAUCGUAGUGGGCAUGACACAGUCUUGUGUAAUUUUGCAAUUUAACUUGAAUUUUAAGUCCAUUUUUUUGUUGUUGCUUGGAUUGGGAUGUGGAGAGGUUAGUUUUAUGUCUUAAAAUUGCCUUCUGUUGCCAUUGACUGCAGACAUACUGUCCAGUCAAGAUCGUGACUGUACCUAGUGUGUCAGUGUGCCAAUAUUGCACGAGUAUGCCUCUACUACCCAUUAGCACUUUGUCUUGUGGCAUUUGAGCAGACCAGUUGCUGCGGUUGGUAUGGUAUAGACCCUGGGCUUGACGAUCAGCCCUCUUGGGGCCUAACGCACAGACAUUGUCAUGAUAUUGAGGCAUGAGGUCUUAGCCUGCUGUAUAAUGUGAGGGUUACGGAUUGGAGUUGCUAGUAGAUGUGUUCGAGAAGACAUGUUCCCUCGCUUGCGGCCAUUUUGGAAACCUAAGGCGAGCAGAGUUCUGGUGCUCUGGCAAAACAACAACCCCAGCAGCAGUGAACCAAGAACACAAGUCAUUUUACAAAGUGCUGGAAAGUACAUCAGCGGGUCAGGCAGCACCUCGGGAGAAUGUGGAUCAGCAAUGAUUCGGGUCGCACACUUCUUCAGACCUGAAGUAUCGCCUAUCCAUGUCCUCCAGAGAUGCUGCCCAACCUGCCCAGUUACUGCAGCACUUGUGGUUUUUUUGUGUCAACCAGCAUCUGCCGUUCCUUGCAUCCACAAAAUUUCCGAACAACUCAGUGCACUUUGGCGGAACCUCUAUGUACAAAUUGGCUGUCGUACAAUCCCUAAUGCUGAUAACUUUUACAAGAUAAAGCGAUUCAAGUAUUUGGGAUUGUUUCUGGAAAAUUGGAUGAUUCUUAUAAAUGAACUGUCAUUUAAGAACUUCCUCUAAGUGGAUAUGUUGAGCUAAAUCGAUUGGUUGCUCUGUGGUGGUUUUUCAAGCCUGAUUAAGGGCUGAUAAGGACCCUGUUUAGGAUGCAAUUGCAUCUCUGUAUUACCUGUUUUCACCCAGCAUCACCAAACCAUGUAGGCAGUCUACGAAGUGCGGCACCUUUGGGCGUAACUUGGGCAGGGCAGUGGGGGAGUUGCUCCCUUACAGUGACCUGGGUUCAAUAACAACUACGGGUGCUGUCUGUACGGAGUUUGCAAGUUUUCCCCGUGGCCGCGUGGGUUUUCUCCCGGUGCUCUGGUUUCCUCCCCCAUUCCAAAGACGUACAGGUUUGUAAGGUUAAUUGGCUUUGGUAAAAUAGUAAAUUAUCCCUAAUGUAUAGGAUAGUGCUAGUGUACGGGGUGAUCACUGGUUGAAUCGGUGGCCUGAUUCUGCACUGUACCUCUAAACUAAACGAAAGUAACAAAUGUGCAGCUCAAAAGCCGGCUGCUGUAAAUGAAAAAUGACCAAAUCCGUCACACUAUCAACCCCUGAGCAAAUGGUUAGUCAAAGUAUAAUGAAUGUCAGUUAUUUAUCUACUCCAAGCAGGAGCUUGAAUCGAUACACCGAGCUUUGGAAUCAUCUCCUCGUCCAAAUCAUUGGGUGAUGUUGGAAGCCCAUCUUUCAAAGUACCAAGAUCUGGACUGAUAACCAAAGGUUUUCCUUUGGGAUGUUAUCCAGACAUUUAGAACACUUCAGUCACCAGCUAGUCGUGGCCCAUCGAUGAAUGGUGAAACAGCGGCAGCAUAGUGGUUGUUCUGGCAGACAGUCGGUGGUUGAACUUGAAGAGAAAUGCUGGAUAUUGAGUAGAAAGGUUCAAGACCACCCUUGUCACCUUGUAUGAGGACGAGCAAGGAAAGGAAGCAGCAUUAGUGAAGCGCAGGGUGACUAAGUGGGAAAUUUGAGGUUACUGCUUGUAAUGGUUAAUCUGUCAACCUGAGAUAUCGGGAUAAAUGAAAUGCAAAUGACUGCUGGUGUCAAAAUGUCCAAUGCCUUCUUGUACUGUCACCAUGACCAUUCCUGGUAAGUGGAUAAUUUUUUUUGUAGUUUCGUAGAAGUUCUGGCUUGAAUGUUCCUCUGUUUUACAAAUAGUAUUUAUUUCUGUGAUAAGUUUAUAAGAUGCAAGAGCUGAGGUUUUUUUACGUAAUGCGUGCAUAUGUACUUUUCCCUUUCAUUAAAAUCCUUGCUGUACCCA